CUAAACAAGAUGUUUAGUUCUGUCAAAGCUUGUAAAAACAGCGUCUAAAUCGCAAUGUUGAAGAAGAAAAUUGUUCCAUUGUUGGGGUUUCCCGCAGCCAUCCGUUCUUUCUCGCAGCUGAUCUCCUAUCCUCCCAAGCAGCCAUCGUUCGGCAUUGCAUUUGACAUCGACGGCGUCAUUCUUCGAGGUGAAAAACCGAUAGGAGGCUCUCCAGGGGCUCUACGAAGAUUAUAUGACCCUCAAUCGGUUACUUUGAAGAUUCCCUACGUCUUCUUAACAAAUGGAGGUGGUUUUUGUGAAUCAAAAAGAGCCUUGGAGUUGAGUAAACUUCUUGGUUUGAGGAUCUCACCUUCACAGAUUAUACAAGGACAUACACCUUUCAAGCAACUAGUUGAGAGGUUUAAAAGCAAGCUUAGUGUGGCUGUAGGAAAAGGAGAACCUGCAGCAGUGAUGUCUGAAUAUGGUUUCAAGAAUGUUCUUUCCAUUGAUGAGUACGCAUCUUGCUUUGAUAACAUCGAUCCACUACUGCAAUAUAAAAAGUGGACGACUGGGAUUGUUGCCAAUCAGAGUGAGAAUGUUAAAAGCAAAGUUUUCUCUGAGAGGGUGCAUGCAGUGUUCAUUGUUAGUGAUUCAGUUGACUGGAGCAGGGAUAUUCAGGUUUUAUGCGAUAUCUUAAGAAGUGGUCUUCCUGGAAAAGAAUCUGGUUAUCAACCACCUCUAUUCUUUGCAAAUGAUGACCUUGAGUAUCAGGGUGUAUUUCCAUGUGAACGACUUGGUAUGGGUGCAUUCAGAAUAGCAUUGGAAUCUAUCUUCAACAGCGUAAACCCAAAAGCUCCUCUAGAGUAUACAUGUUUUGGGAAGCCAAAUCCAUCAGUAUUCAGGAAUGCAGAAACUGUUUUAAGAGAAAUGGUGCAGCAGCAAACCACUGAGGGUCUUGAGCAUAAUGGAAGAAGCCAUUCCUUCAGUUCCCUAUACAUGAUAGGAGAUAACCCUUCAGUUGAUAUACGAGGAGCAAGACAGGCUGGACAACCUUGGUUUUCCAUUCUGACAAGGACAGGUGUUUUCAAGGGAGUGGGAAAUCAUUCAGACUAUCCUGCUGAUUUGGUAGUUGACACAGUUGAAGAUGCAAUAGAAUACAUAUUCAGACGGGAAGGCAUCUGAUUUUCACUCAGUUUGUAUUCUUUAUUCUUCACCUAAUUUAUUGGCUGCAAAAUAAUGUCUUGAUGUCAACUUUAACGGAUAUCUAUCUGUUCACAAAUUGAUUGCAUAGAUUCAAUGAUUAUUUUAAACUGUUUUAUGACAAUUAGACUUUGUUUAAUAAAUUAUGAAAUUAAGUGUGGCGU